AUGGGAAUAUCUGGUCUACUGCCCCAAUUGAAAGCAAUUCAAAAUCCUGUUUCGCUACAUAGAUAUGAGGGUCAAACGCUAGGUAUUGACGGUUAUGCAUGGUUGCAUAGGGCUGCCUGUUCAUGUGCAAUGGAACUGUCAAUGGAUAAACCUACUUCCAAGUAUUUGGAGUUUUUCAUCAAGAAAAUAGGUAUGUUAAAGGCCUUCAAGAUUGAUCCAUAUUUAAUAUUUGAUGGAGAUUCGAUUGGAGUUAAAAAGGACACAGAGAUAAAGAGACGUACAAAGAGAAUUGAGAGUAGAAACAUUGCUCAAAAGCUGUGGGAGUCUGGCGAAAAAAAGAAUGCGAUGGACUAUUUUUUAAAAAGUGUUGAUAUCACUCCUGAGAUGGCCAAAUGCAUUAUAGACUACUGCAAGCUGAAUGGCAUUCGAUAUAUAGUUGCUCCUUUUGAAGCAGACGCCCAGAUGGUUUACUUGGAGAAGAAACAUGUAAUACAAGGAAUAAUUUCGGAAGACUCUGAUCUUUUGAUAUUUGGAUGUCAUAGAUUGAUCACAAAAUUAAAUGAUUUUGGUGAGUGCAUUGAGAUUUGUAGAGACGAUUUUAAUAAACUACCAAGAAAAUUCCCAAUGUAUCAAUUGACUGAAGAUGAGAUCAGAAUAAUGGUCUGCCUUUCAGGAUGUGAUUAUACUGACGGUAUUCCGAAAGUAGGUUUGAUCACAGCUAUGAAAUUAGUCAUUAGAUUUGGCACCCUUGAUAAAAUACUGCUCCAUAUUCAAAGAGAGGGCAAACUUAAGAUACCAAUUGAUUUCAUUAAACAAUAUGAAUUGGCGAAUUUUGCUUUUCAAUAUCAACGAAUAUUUUGUCCCAUAAGAUGUAAAAUGGCUACAUUGAAUGAGAUACCCGAACAGUUACUGCAUUGUGAGGAAUUGUAUAAUUGUAUCGGAAAUGUCGUCGCUAAAAAUGAUGGUUUUAAAAAGAUCAUUGCUCGUGACGAUGAUAUAGAUCACAAUUUGCAUUAUAGAAUAUCUCGUGGUGAGCUGAGUCCGUAUGACUGUCGAAAGUUAUUGGUCAACAGAGAACACAAGUUGCAGCUCAGUUCAAAAUCUGAUUUGCAAACCAUAGACUCAUUUUUCAAGAUGGACUCUAAGCAACAUAACGUGUGUUCUUUGCUAAAGCAUCAAUCGGCUUCCAUUGCAAAAGAAACCUUGGGAAGCAAUAAAAUAUUAGAAAGUGAUAAAAGUUACAUGUUUGACAAGUUUGAAAAGUUUGAUAGAAAUGAUACAAAUGAUAAAAUUGAUAAAAUUGAUAAAAUAGAUGCUGCCAUCAAACGCAGAAAGUUGAAUAGGGAUUCAAAGGUGGAGCUGUUGACUAGUAAGUUUUUCAAGGCAUCUUCAGUAGGCUCUACAAGUCAAUCUGCCGCAACUGAGACUUUUACAGACACUCCUUCUACGUCCGCGGCAUUCACACUAGCUAGUACGCAAGAGGACGUACAGACUGAAAUACCAGAGUCACAGCUGCCAACUCAAAUUCCCAGUUCUUUCAACAUCGGAAUUCCUGACGAAGAAGAUCUGUCUGAAAUUUUAAGUGAGCUUGAAGACGAUAACGAUGAGUGCCAGUCGCGAUCCACAAUCAAGAGGGAUCCAAAGCCCAUGACAGAACCAAUUUCUGUAUGUUCGCGCAUUCUCACCGGCAGCACUGUUGCCCUUGAGCAAUUCAGAUUCUCAAACAACAGAGUCCCGUUGCAAUCCAAGAACAUCAACAACAGGUCAGACGUCAAUAUUCGAGUAUCACCUGCCAUAAAAUCGUCGAAUCACCACAGGGACGACCGUGAUGAUCACCAUCACAAACUGCAUGCCACAACUCUGCGUGGUGAGGCCAGGACCCCUGUCAGCCACACCAACAGCAUUGUUGUUCGUGCAAGGACCACUUCGCAACCGGUGGCAGAUAAGCCACUAGCCCAAAGGCCAGCCAUAAGAACUUCCUUGUCCGCGAGAUUCAUCUAUAAACCUACAUAG